AUGAGCACAGAAGCGGAUAUACAAGUUCUGGAGUACGGUGAGAAGACGCCUUCCGGGCUCCGAGAUGCUUUCACGUGCUCACGCGUCGUGUGAAUCAAUCCAGAUGCGGAGCGAUCCUUCACCAGAUUCGAGCUCCGUAGUAGCGCACUCGACCGGGAUGAGCUGACGACUCCUCUGGUAAGUCCACGUCACGUGGGAUAUCCUUGGCCUCCCUUCACCCUCCGUUUCACCAUCCGUGCCUGACAGCUUCCGCUUCGUACCUUACGCUGACGUCUUUGCCUCAGGUCUUCGAGCUACUGGUGCAUCCCACCGACCAUCCGUCAUCCUCCAGCAUCACCCUGAACCGCUGGCCGCUCGAUAUCGAGUGGACGGGCAAUCACUCGUCCGCGGAACCGCUUGUCGUGGCACCACGUACACGUCUCAUCACGGCGGUAGAUCAACUGGGCUCUUCACAUGCACUCCAGAUCGCGCUCUCGGGGAAAGUCGCACUGUCGUCAGCGUCAGACCCUUCAAACCCUCAACCGGUUUCCCAAACACAUGGGACACAGGACCAGGACAUCAACCUUCAGAUCGAGUCAGUAGACGGCUCCGCAACGAGGCUAGGUUUCAUCCUGAGAACAAGCCCCACCAUCCCGCGUAGGAGACUUCUCAGCUUGACGUCCAUCAAUUCUCCUCAACAAACCGUCCAUUUCGAGCAGCUGGAGGAAUUGCAAAUGGUCGCUCAAUCGGAAUCACAUUCCACAGAUGAUACCGCUACCGAGGAUCCACCCGCGUAUGACGAGGAUGCCUUCGACAUUGACGCGGAGAUUGAGUCCUUGCUCCUGCUCGAGGCUGAAGCUAGCCAAUUACAUGGGGCGAUUGCGGCCAAGAAGGGAGCCAUAGCCAAGUGCCUCAAAGAUCAUCGCGACGACCUCACCCUCAAGCAUCUCCUACAACAAUGCGACGGUCUUUUCUGCGCUGCCAAAGUCAUUGCACAGCGCCUCUGCGACAAGAUGGGCAUCUUAACAAUACCCGAGGCCGGUUACGCCAGGGUCCAGGACCCCAACUUCCAGCAGCUUGUCGAGUUGCACGAGAGUAAUGAGAAGGCGCGCCAGGCUUCUAAACUUAGAACAUCACCGGACGGGACUACAACAAACACAACAAGAGUGGACGGACUUCACGCCGCCGCUGCUAUUCAGCCAGUGGAGGUCGUCUACCCACAGAACGUCCUGCUACGCGUACUCGGCGUCAUUUCGACGGCGCUGGGCCUUGCUGCCUUCUUCUCUUACCUCCGCCGACAAUGUAUGUCCAUGCGUCGCCGCGUGGAGCGAGCGGCGGAUGCAGAAGAGCGCCGCAAUGAAAGAGCGUACCGACGUGCCGCACGACGGGCAAAGAUGCGCAGAAGAUGGGAUGCCUUCGUGGAAGCCAUCAACUGCUUCCGGUCUCCUCCGGAGCCGCCCAAUAGCGAUUACGAUGAGAAGCGGGCAUUGAUCCUGCAGGAUGCGUUCCUGGAACAAGAUAUAGAUGCGGCGGAGAAGGGCGAUCUGAUGGAAGCGGAGAUCCGGGAACUACGACACGCUCAUGAGAUUGUGGCCAGCCUGGUGAGAGUGGACGAGAAUCGAUACGAUAUGGUCAGGCCGAUCAAUGACCCGCCGCCGUCGAUGGUUCCACUCCCUUGCGAUCACACAGCACGCUCACGAGCGAGCACCGCGACAACGGGCAAUCCGCCUUCGUACUUUUCGGAAAGCCUGCCCGACUACACAUCACGGUAUCAACGCACCGAAACGGCAAGCAUUGGAAGUAGCCUUCGCAGCAGCCUUCGAAGCAGCAGUGUAGCAACCGUCGACGGCUCGGACCUUUCGAAUCCUUCAAACACCGCGUCUGCCACUGACUCGGACUCCGUGAUGUACACAGGCAGCACAACGCGUUCUCACCGGUCAGAUACCAGCACUGGCACCCGAACGUCGCGAUACACCCCUGCGAGCAGUAUCGUUGAGACUUCCCCAAGAGCGAGCGACGAGACCUUGCGAACCGGAUACCGCAAUAGCCGGUGGUCGAGAGUAACUGACGACACGUUGUAA